ACAAAACUCGUCGUUUUAUUUGAAUUAAACCGGAGAGUUACCCUCUCUGGAGUAGGGUUAUAUUUUCUCCAUUUUGUUUUACCAAAGAUUUGCAAUUAGGGUUUCCAAGCUUACAAUUCCAAAAUAAAAUCAAGAUUUCAGAUUCUCCACAUCUUUUAAAGGAACGAACAACGCAACACAUCUCUCCUAAUUUAUAUCAUCGUUUUGCUGGAACCAUGUACGGGUCGAGAGGGGCAAUGUUGGGAAGCGGGGGGGUUUCGGAUGGGUACGAGGUGGGCUCAAAGAGACCAAGAAUGAUGGAAUCAAACCCAUACUUCGCAGUGAGCAGUGGUCCAAGUGGUGGCUUUCAACCCUACGGCUAUGGUGGUGGAUUUCAGCCGGCUCCCUUUCCAGUGGUUCGUCUGAGGGGGCUUCCUUUCAACUGCACCGAUAUCGACAUCUUCAAAUUCUUUGCUGGACUUGACAUUGUGGAUGUGCUGCUGGCUAACAAGAAUGGACGGUUCACAGGAGAGGCUUUUGUCGUCUUUGCUGGAGCCAUGCAGGUUGAAUUUGCUUUACAGAGAGACAGACUGAACAUGGGGCGUAGAUAUGUGGAAGUUUUCAGGUGCAAGAGGCAGGAUUAUUACAACGCUGUUGCGUCUGAGGUGAAUUAUGAAGGAAUUUAUGACACUGAUUAUCAUGGAAGCCCUCCACCCUCUAAAGCAAAGAGGUUUACUGAUAAGGAUCAGUUAGAAUACACUGAGAUUUUGAAGAUGCGAGGUCUCCCCUUCUCGACAAAAAAAACUGAGAUAGUUGAAUUUUUUAAAGAAUUUAAGCUGGUCGAAGAGAGAAUACACAUUGCAUGCCGCCCUGAUGGGAAAGCUACCGGAGAGGCCUUUGUAGAGUUUACUUCUGUUGAAGAAGCUAAAAGGGCUAUGAGCAAGGAUAAGAUGACAAUCGGGUCAAGGUAUAUAGAACUAUUUCCGUCAACACCCGAUGAAUCUAGAAGAGCUGAGUCAAGAUCACGACAGUGAGUUGGGAAAUUUAGUGCUGACUUUUGCUUUACUGUAUUCAUGUUCCUACUACUAGCUAUGGUUUGUUUCCAUGUUUACAAGAAUCAGUCUUGGUGUUAAAAUGUACUGCUUUUCUAGGUUGUAUGUUUAGAAUAUUCAUAUACUUAAUUUUUGACUGUUGUAUUUCAGUUUUAGUAUGAUAAUAUUUUUGCAUACUUUUUCAAUACAA